GCCCACUUACCCUCAUCUCUAUAUAUAUAGCCUCUCUGCAUUCACCUCGAACCAUCUACCUCAUUCCCAUAUCCGUCAACAAGCUAAAAAAACCAUCUUUUUUUAUGUUAUAUGAUGAAGUCUUCUUCUGCAAGAGUUUCAACGUCCCUGUAUCUCCAGCUCUCUGUUCUACUGACUUCCGUCGUCCUCUCUGCCUCCGCCGGUAACUUCUUCCAGGAUGUGCAGGCCACAUACGGCGGCGAGCGUGUGAAGAUGCAGGAGGGCGGCAGUCUUCUUGACUUGACUUUGGAUCAGGUCUCCGGGUCAGGAUUCCAGUCCAAGAACGAGUUUUUGUUUGGGAGAUUCAACGUCCGUCUCAAGCUUGUCCCCGGAAACUCUGCCGGAACUGUCACCACCUUUUAUUUAUCGUCUCUAGGAAACAUGCAUGAUGAGAUUGAUUUCGAGUUCUUGGGGAAUUCUUCCGGUCAGCCAUACACAAUCCACACCAAUGUUUACUCCCAAGGAAAGGGCAACAAAGAGCAACAAUUCCAGCCCUGGUUCGACCCUGCCGCUAACUUCCACACCUACUCUGUAGUUUGGAAUCCCCAACGCAUCAUAUUCUCCAUCGAUAACAUUCCAAUAAGAGUGUUCACCAACAACGAAGCGAUGGGUGUGCCGUUCCCGAAGAAUCAGCCGAUGAAGGUUUACGCUAGCUUGUGGAAUGCAGACGACUGGGCAACGCAGGGCGGGCGGGUCAAGACAGAUUGGUCCAAGGCUCCAUUUUCGGCUUCAUACCGGGACUUCAACGCUAAUGCUUGUGUCUGGUCAGGUCAGUCGUCGAGCUGCGGUUCGACGCAGUCAACAUCAACCGGUGGGCAGGAAUGGCAGACUCAAGAUCUUGAUGCCAAUGGUAGAAACAGGCUCCGAUGGGUGCAACAGAAGUUCAUGAUUUACAAUUACUGUACUGAUUUGAAGAGGUUUCCACAGGGUCUUCCUCCUGAAUGCAAGCGCCAGAGGUCUUGAUGUGCAUUUCUAGUUGAGUUCGGGUUAUGAUCAGCUAGUUCUAUAUGUUCUUUCUACGUGUUUAUUGAAUCAUUCCCUGUGAAAAGUUUUUAAUUUGUAGAAUAAUGGAAUUCCUUAUUCUUUUUGUAAGUAUUUGUGGAUUAAUAAAAGUGCAGUUACAUUAUCUGAUUGCCUUGUUUGAGUUGUUUCCUAUUGGAUUAAACCUUUAUUGAAUAUCUAGGCUUCUGAUAUA